AUGUCAGGUGUCAGCUACGACGCCGAGGGGCCCCCUUUUGGUCCCAUCGUCAACGGCACGCAGAUUGAGCUAUUGUUGCGGCCCUCGAACCCGGCCUUGCUAACUGUGCGUGCCAGGCGAGGCGUUCGGCUACUAUGGACGAGUGAUGGCCAUCGCAGUCCGAAUGUCGCUGGUCCCUUCAUUAUCCAGAACCUCCUGAUACUGGGCAUGGCGCCGCUCAUCGCCGCCACCGUGUAUAUGAGCCUCGGUCGAGUGAUCAAAGCGCUUGACCUCCGCGAGCACCUUCCGAUCAGUCCAAGGCUCAUGACGACGUUCUACAUCAUUGUGGACGUUGGGUGUUUUGUCACCCAGGUGUUCGGUUCAGUCAUGCCGGCAUCCGGUGACCCUGAGGGUAUCGCGCUGGGCAGAAACCUCAUCAUCGGCGGGCUGAUCGCGCAGCUCGUGGCACUGUCCCUCUUCACGUUUUCCAAUUUCCACGCCCAUCACCAUGCUAGGAGACUGGCGAUGGCAAAGGGCGGGGGGUCGAUUCCGCUGGACGGCGCGCGAUACUUCGGGGUCAGCUACGCCGCGACUCUAGCCAUGUUGACUCGGGCGUUGGUCAGGGGUGUCGAGUACUUGCAGGGCGGCGAUGGCUUCGUUAUGAGACACGAAGUCUUCCUGUAUCUGUUUGACGCCGUUCCCAUCACCUUGAUUCUGGCUCUUUACAUAUUCAUACACCCAGGACGACUAGUAAGAGAGGCCGAAAAGAAGAAUUGGGGCAUGGAGUUGUUGGAGUCGAGGCGCUGA